AUGGAAGCUCCUCAUAUCUUUGUUCACUACGUUCAUGCAAUAAUUUUUGUUUCGUUACCUGUUCAACUAUUUUCUAUCUAUUGUAUUCUAUUUGAAACCCCAAAAACCAUGAAAUCAGUCAAAUGGUCAUUGUUAAAUGCUCGAAUUUGGACUGUAAUACUGGACCUGUCACUUACAGUUUUAACAAUCCCAUUUGUAAUAUUUCCAGCAAUAGCAGGAACUCCAUUAGGAAUUCUAACGACGUGGUUUGGAAUUUCAACUCCAUUUCAAAUUUAUUUCGUCAUGUCAACGUUUUUCAUUGUAAUGGUUAGUCAUUUGAUGAUAAUGGAAAACAGGUACUAUCAGUUAUUCGCAGAAGACACCGAAUGGCGUCAUUUUCGAGUACCAGUAAUUUUUUUCAAUUUCUUGAUCACUUCAACUUAUAUGAUACCUUUUAUGUUGCGUGCACCGGAUCAGGAUGAAGGCAUAGAAAUUGUAUAUCAGAAAGUCCCAUCUUUAUCAUCUGAAAUCAAAAAUAUGAAAUUGUUCGUUUUGGCUACUGAUUAUAACCUUUUUGUCGUUGAAUUGGUAUUCAUGGGAGCCUUUCUUAUUUUUGAAAUGUUCUCAUUAACCAUGUUAAACCGAUGGAACUUUAAGAUGACAUCCACGAAAUGUAACCUUUCUCGUCAAACGAUGAUGAUUCAGAGAAAGUUUCUAAUAACAAUUUAUACACAGUUUGGUGUAUUUUCCAUAACGUGUUUUGUUCCGUACCUAUACAUUGUCAUAUCUUGCUACUUGAAUUAUCACAACCAGUCAGCAAACAACUACACAAUUGUCUCAUUUUCAUUUCAUGGUAUUACAAGCUCAAUGAUAUUACUGUGGACUUAUAACCCCUAUACAAAAGUUGUUAACGCAAUCUUUUAUCGAAUACUGACUUUGUUGCAUUGCCAACCACACCUGGAGGUUCAAUCAUCAAUUUCUUUCAAAUCUACAAUGCCCACCACUGUUUUAAAUCAUUGUUCUUAA